GUAUACCACGCUCGCUCGUUCAACCCGGUCCGCGUAGCAGGCUCAUUGGUAUACGCACACGCACACGUACACGCACACGCACACGCACACGCACACGCACACACGCAAUCGUCGCUGUUCUCGCCGUCAGGUACGACAUGGUCGACAUUGUACGCCACGGCCGCCGACCGGAGGCAGCAGCACAAGCGUUGUGGUGAACGCGCCCCCCGCGACACUCGGUGAAGACGACCGCCACGCCGCCGUCAGUCGCCACUCGUCGACGCCGCCGCGAAGUGUUCGUCCAGUCAGUGUGCGAUCGUCCGCUUUUGCCGACGGUACUCGAACGUUGUAGUUGUUGUGGUCGUAUCAGAGUUUGCUCACAGCUCGCGACCACUGCACGAGUGCAGAAAUCACGCGCACCGCAAUUCGUCGCUCCGUUUGAUAAUUUUUUUCGCCGUCCGCGAUAAAUUUUAAUUCAGAUUUUUUUACGCAACGACGUUUCUGCCAAACGGGGAAAAAUAAUAUUUUUUCCUCUACAUCACUCGAGCGUGUGUAGACUUUGAAUUUUUUUUGUGCGUGCUCGUAAUUUUUUUCGACUACGUGCUCCGUGUUCUCUGGAUCGCGACGAUUAAUAUUUUUGCAAUACACUUAAAAUAAUAAAUAAACAUUUACAACAUGGUGCCUAAACAAGAGACUAUCCGCAUCGUUGACUCGUCGGAUAACAAGUUGGCCCUGCCGAUGUUUGGCUCACAACUGGUCGACGAAAACUCGACGACGCCGUACUCCGACGCAACACAGACGAAAAAGAACAAUCCGAACCACAUCAAACGGCCAAUGAACGCGUUUAUGGUGUGGUCACAGAUUGAGAGACGUAAGAUAUGUCAUGAUCAACCGGACAUGCACAACGCGGAGAUAUCGAAGAAGCUCGGUAUGCUGUGGAAAACGCUGACCGAUGAACAGCGAAAACCGUUCAUUGAAGAGGCCGAGACGCUGAGACUGAUGCACCUCAAAGAGUACCCGGACUACAAGUACAGGCCACGCAAGAGGACGCCAAAGAACAGUAGUAGUAACACGACCUCGUCCGGUCCGGCCGCGAUCGCCAAGACCACCACUUCGGCCGCGGCUCAGUCAAAAUUCCGGAAGAACAUGUGCAAAAAGUUCGGCAACGCUUUGACGACCGUGUCCAGCCGCGUCGCGUGUAGCAUUAACUCGGGGACGUUGCAUGUGCUGGACAACAGGAUCGCGUCACCAGCGACCUUGAUCCAGGACAACACCACUUCAUCGUCAUCGUCGUCAAAGUCUUUCGUCCGACGAAACGGUAUAAUACAGGUGAACAGGAUGAGCCCGGUGAAUCCGGAUCGGCUCAAGUAUCACUUCACGAUCGAUACAGCAAAGGGCAACAACAGUUCCAAGGAUGCGGCCGAGGUGCGCGUGCCCGCCUCGGUAAACGCCAAGGUGCCGACCAGCCCCACUUGCGACUCUCCCAACUCGCCGGAGAGCGCUACGUUCUAUGACGACUCGCCUCUGACAUGUUUCGACGUCAAGCCGCUCAAAAUCAAGUUGCUCAACACGCUCAACACUUCGGCCACAAUCACAGUGCUGGCCGACGUAGACGACGAUGACAACGAGGACGGCGGCACCACCAACGCCAACGCCAUGUUGCUCAGUCCCGGUUCGGCGGCAUCGCUCAUGUCCGCCCGGCAGAUUGACCAGCAGCUCCACCAACAUAACCAGCACAACCACCUAAGCAAUCAGUCGCCGGCCGAUCUGCUCGCCCGGAAUCUGAUGAAGGAUGAUCACCUGCUGGUCAAGGCCGAACCCUCGCAUCCAUCUCCGUCUUCGUCCUCGAUGUCCUCCGUCGCCCAGUCGUCGUAUUUCUCCGUCAAACAGGAACCGAUGGACUGCGAUUCGGAGUCGGCCGCGCUGGGCCGCGUCGGUGAGAAUCCAUCGCUGGCCGACCUCGAGUGCCUGGACGACCUCAUCCAGAUGCCGUCCGACUUCAAGAUGGACAUCGACUGCCUGUCGUCCGACAUGGACAACGGCUCCGUCCGGCAAAGCUCGCACCUCGAGUUCACGUGCACGUCCGACAUGACCGACAUACUGUCCCACAUGGGCGUGACCGCCGACUGGGAGGACGUGCGAGGCAUCAUCAAUGACUGCUAGAUGUCUCGGGGCAGAGGAGAAGAACGCGCCCGUACCGCUAGCCCCAAAAUCACUCCUCCCCACCGCCACACCCGCCGCCGUCGUCGUCGUUCACGUUAUUUGACCGCCGCCACUACUACCCCCCCCCCCACGAACAC